AUGGUACUUACCUCAUUGGUAGCAGGAUCUUUGUUCUCUGGCUACUAUUACGCAAAAACAUAGAACGAUAAAGUUGCCAACGCAAAGUUUGACAAAGUUUUCAUGUAUGACCCACAAUUUUCUCAACAAAAUAUCCCUCUCUAUCACAAAUAAGCUAGAAUGAGAGACCAUAUGAUAUCUAAAGUUAGAUAUGAGCUAUUUCUAGUAUUAGGAAAAGGAGAAUCUUUCGAAGGAAAAGUAAUGAUAGACUUUUUUGUCAAAGAUAAAAAUAUUGAUGAGCUAUUCCUUGAUUUCCAAGGAGUUGGAGUCACUGAUCUUCAUGUAAAUGAGACCAAGAUACAGUAGCCAAACAUUAGAUUUUCCAAACAUAGAAUUUAUAUCCCAUAGUACAAUCUUAAGCAUAAUUAGAUGAACAGAGUCACCGUUCGUUUCUAAAAUAAAUAUGUAUCUAACAGCGCCGGAUUCCAUAGAUAUGAGGAUCCAAUUGAUAAGGAAGUCUAUUUAUAUACCCACUUAGAGCCAUUCUUUUGCCAUAGAUGGUUCCCCUGCUUUGAUUAACCAAGCUUGAGAGCUCCAUUUAAGCUGAAUGUAGUUACUCCUGAUCCUAGGUGGUAAGUGAUCUCUAAUGAAAAUAUCUAGCAAACUCUAAAUCUGGAAUCAGUUAUUUCAAGAUCUAUCCUCGAGUAAGAGCAUCUAAGCGAUGCAUUAGAGAGACUUCAAAUUCCAGAACAAGGAAACUUGAUAAUAUUUGAAUAAAGUCCUCCAAUUAGUACCUAUAUCUAUGCACUAGCGGCUGGGCCAUAUUGUAGCUUUUAAAAUGAGACUGGAUUCAAAGUUCCGAUGAAAAUUUAUUGCAGAAAAUCUAAAAUUAGAUACGCAGAUGUCAAAGAAAGAUUUAGAACAAUAGAGAUUGCAGUCAAUUUCUUUGAAGGGCUCUUCCAAACACCUUUCCCUUGGAAAAAGUAUGACUAGGUCUUCAUUCCCGAGUUCAGAAUAAGUGGAAUGGAAAAUGUAGGUUGUAUAAUGAUGAGAGAUUCUUUUUUGCUACCAAACGAAGAAAAGACAUUCUUUGAGUUCUAGUAAUGGUACAAAGUAGCAGUGCAUGAGCUAUCUCAUAUGUGGUUUGGAGAUUUAGUGACUAUAAAAUGGUGGAAUGAUCUUUGGCUUAAAGAAAGCUUUGCAGAUUACUGUGCUUCAGUUUGCUUAACUGAGUGUGAGGAAUUUAAACAUGUUUAAAAUCCAGAUCAAUUCUCUCUUCACUUUGUCACAGAAGCACUAAAUGAAGAUACUAAGAAAUCCACUCAUCCUAUUUAAGUUACUGUUAAUCAUACUAAUGAUGCCUUUAAUGUCUUCGACAAGAUUUGCUACAGAAAAGGAGCUGCUUUCCUCAGAUAAAUGGACCAUUUCCUUGGUAGAGAAGUGAUGAAGGAUGGAAUUAAAUUGUAUUUUGACAAAAAUGCAUUUAAAGCUUGCACCUUAACAGAUUUUAUUGAUGCUCUUUAAAUAGCACUUACAAGAAGAGAGUAAGAAUUUAAUCUUUAAGAAUGGACUGAUUCUUGGCUGACUAAGGCAGGAGUUAAUGAACUCACUGCUGAAGUUGAAAAGAGAGCUGGAAGAUUAGCCUUCACAAUCCAUAUAAACUAAUCUUAUCCAAGAUUCGGAGACUAAGUUUAUCAUGAGUAAAUAAUGGAUGUGGCUAUUUAUGAUAAAGAUUGCAAUCAAAGAAUUCUAAGCGAUGUAAGAAUUCAGCCUGAUGGAAUAACAAAAGAUAUUAUUCAAGGAUUAGAGAAAGCUCCAGCUGCUAUUCUUAUCAAUGCAAACAAUAAAGGAUAUUGUAGAACAGUACUUGAUCAGGAAUCACUUAAGUUUUUCCUUCAAAAUUUAUCGAAGAUUACUGACACACUUAACAGAUCAUAUAUCUGGAGAAUAUUGUGCGAUAACCUUGCCAUCAAGGUUGUUAAGCCUGAACAAUUUAUUUAAUGUGUCGAAAGCCAUCUACUAAAUGAAACAGAAGAAUACACAAUGACUACAGUUCUAACAACUUUACAACAUGUCAUUAGGAACUUGGCUUCAGAUGAUAAGAGAAAUGAAUAUGCUAUCAAUCUUUAUAUGAUGCUUUUAGAAAAGAUUGAAAAGAACUGCCCAACUCAAUCAAUGGAAAAUCUUCUACUUCAGGAAAUGUUAAGUCUCAUGCAAUAUGAUCAAUCUGAACUUCCAAUGCAGUGGCUUGCUGAAUCUCAAAUUAAGCUGAAUAAGAAAGUAAUUCAACUUAAUAAAGAAUAAAGAUACGCACUCAUUAAGCUUAUCUUUAAGAACCCAUCAAUUGAACUCGCUCAUAAAUAAGAGUUACUAGAGAAAGAAAAAUCAACUGACUUUUCUGAUUUUGACCUUCUCCAGGAGUUCGGAUGCUUAGCCUCAUUAUCAGAUAAUGAGAAUAAAUUCAAACUUUGGGAUACUUAUAUCCAUGGAAGUACAUUUAAUGUAAAGGGACUUGAAGCAUCAUCAAAACAUCUCUAUGACUUCAAUAACAUCAAGCAAUGCUAGGAAAUAGCAGAUCACUUCUAUGAUUCAGUCGAAAGUGUAUUCGCUGCACAUCAUAGAGACUACUCUAGAGUAUUCUUUACUUAUCUUUCCCCUUCAUUCCUUGGAAGAUAGUCAGACUUAUUUAGACUUAGAGAGAUCUUUGAGAGAUAGAAGAACUCUGAGGAUACUAACUUUGUCCAGUUACUUACAAAUGAAAUUGAACUCUUUGAAUUAAUUCUUGAGAUUAAGGGUAAAUGA